AUGGCGACCCCAUCCCCAUCGGAGUUCUUGACCUUCUACCGCCGCCUCACGACGCAUCCGUCCUUGCGCCGCGGCCUCGCUGCUUCCGCCACCCAAACAAGUAGGCCGCUCAGCACUUCGAUUCCGCGCUAUGGCUACGGCAAGGCCGGCAACAAGACCUUCUCGGACGAGCAGCACACGACCCAAAAGACGGACAGGUCCGACGUCCAGAACGAGAACUCGCAAGCUGGCAGGGAAGCCCACGCCACCGGCACCGGCGGCACCGCCUCGAGCCGUAGGGAUGAGCGUUCGAGUACUGCACGCGCGAAGAAAGAGCAUCCUGAGGCACCUGACGUCGUCAUCGGAAUGCAGGACGAACGCGGUGGGAAGGGUGUCUGA